AUGGGUAAGAAGACGCAAAAGAAAAAUUCUAAAGGUCGUUUAGAUAAAUACUAUUACCUUGCAAAGGAAAAAGGUUACAGAGCCCGUUCUUCAUUCAAGAUCAUCCAAAUUAAUGAAAAGUAUGGUCACUUCCUUGAAAAAUCGAAGGUGGUUAUUGAUUUAUGUGCUGCUCCAGGUUCUUGGUGUCAGGUUGCAUCAAAUCUAUGUCCUGUCAAUUCUUUGAUUAUUGGUGUUGAUAUUGUACCAAUGAAACCAAUGCCAAAUGUCAUUACCUUCCAGAGUGAUAUUACUACCGAAGAUUGUAGAUCUAAGUUGAGAGGUUACAUGAAAACAUGGAAAGCUGAUACCGUUUUACAUGAUGGUGCUCCUAACGUCGGUUUAAGUUGGGCUCAAGAUGCCUUCACACAAUCUCAUUUGACUUUGCAAGCUUUAAAACUAGCUGUCGAGAACUUAGUGGUUGGUGGUACUUUUGUUACUAAGAUUUUCAGAUCCAAGGAUUACAAUAAGUUAAUUUGGGUUUUCCAACAACUAUUCGAGAAAGUCGAAGCCACCAAACCUCCAGCCUCGAGAAAUGUUUCGGCAGAAAUUUUUGUUGUUUGUAAGAAUUUCAAAGCUCCAAAGAAACUAGACCCUAGACUCUUGGACCCAAAGGAAGUGUUUGAAGAAUUACCAGAUGGUCCUCAAAAUAUGGAAGCUAAGGUUUUCAACCCAGAGAAGAAAGUGAGGAAAAGAGGUGGUUAUGAAGAAGGAGAUUAUCUAUUAUAUCAUGAAACUGCCUUGAUGGAUUUUGUAAAAACGGAAGAUCCAAUUACAAUGCUUGGUGAAUUUAACAAAUUCCUUGUUGAUGAAGAUGAUCACGAAUGGAAGAUUGUGAAGAAACUAAAACAGACAACAAAGGAAUUUUUGGCUUGUAUCGAAGAUUUGAAGGUUCUUGGUAAAAAAGAUUUCAAGAUGAUUCUUAAGUGGAGAAAAGCUGCUAGAGAACUUCUUGGACUAGAUCAAGAUGAAGAAAAGGAAGAGAUCGAGGAGACUCCUUUGACAGAAGAAGAACAAAUUGAAAAGGAACUACAGAACUUACAAGAGAAGCAAAGGUUAGCAAUCAAACGUGAGAAGAGAAAGAAGAACGAAAUGAAACAAAAGGAGAUCGUUCGUAUGCAAUUAAAUAUGAUCAACCCAGUUGAUAUUGGUAUUGAAGCCGCUGAAUUGGGUAGAGAAUCAAUUUUCAACUUGAAGUCUGCAGAGAAGACUGGUAUCCUUGAUAAGUUGGCUAAAGGUAAAAGGAGAAUGAUUUUCGACAAGGAAGAAUUAGCUGAAGAUAAUGAUAUUCAUAUCGAUGAAAAUGCUCCUUUGGAAGAUCGUGAUGAACUUGCUGAAGCCGAUGAGUUAGAAUCCCAACUAGACGGUAUGUACAGAAAUUACAAAGAAAGGAAGGCCGAAAGAGAUGCGAAGUUCAGAGCUAAACAAGCUCGUGAGGCUGGCGAGGCUGAUAAUUGGGAAGGUUUCAAAGAAACUCCAUCUGAUGAAGAAUUAGAAGAUGGAGAAAAGGAUUAUGUCAAUGACGACGAUGAUUCCGAGCUUUCCGAUUCGGAUGACGAUGAGGCUAUCAAUCAACUAAUUGCAAAGCUAAAAAGCAGGGAGAACGGCAGCAAGCUAAGUUCAAAGGCAAGAGCAUUAUUCUCAGAUUCAUUGUUCGAAGGUGUGGAACCAGAUCUACCUGGCACCAAUGGUGGUGUUGCCGAUUCAGAAUCCGUAGGUGACAUAAAACAAUUGACGAAGAAAAGAAAACUAAAUCCAACUGAACCACAACAACAAGACUCCUCCUCAUCCUCUGAUGAUGAUAGCGACUUCGAAAUUAUCCCAAAUAAUGAAGAAAAGGAAGUUGAUUCAGAUUACGAUUCCGAGGAAGAAGAAAGAAGAACGAACAAAGAAAAGCAUUCAAAAGAAAUAGAUAUUGCUACAGUUGAAGCAAUGACCCUUGCCCAUCAGUUAGCUCUAGGUCAUAAAACAAAGCAUGAUUUAGUGGAAGAAGGUUUCAAUAGAUAUUCUUUCCGCGAUACUGAGAACCUUCCGGAAUGGUUUAUUGAAGAAGAGAAGCAACAUUCGAAGAUUAACAAGCCAAUAACCAAGGAAGCUGCUAUUGCCAUCAAGGAGAAACUGAAAGCUCUCAAUGCUAGACCUAUCAAGAAAGUUGCUGAAGCAAAGGCUAGAAAGAAGCAUCGCGCUGUUGCUCGUUUAGAAAAGCUAAAGAAAAAGGCAGGUUUAAUCAAUGAUGACAGUGAUAAAUCAGAAAAGGACAAGGCUGAAGAGAUUUCGAAAUUGAUGAAGAAGGUAACUAAGAAGGCUAAGCAAAGACCAAAGGUCACAGUUGUUGUCGCAAGCGGCAAGAACAGGGGUCUCUCCGGAAGACCAAAGGGUAUCAAGGGUAAAUAUAAGAUGGUCGACGGUGUCUUAAAGAAUGAACAAAGAGCUCUCAAACGUAUUGCAAAGAAGCACCAUAAGAAGAAAUGA